AUGGAGAAACAAGCUGGUGUGAGAUUGAGCAAUAUGUGGGGAAGCAUGAAAGGAAAACAGAAAGCCCAGAUUGUGCUGCAGGUUGUCGAUAUCGAGAAGUCACUUGCCGCAACAAAGUUUCGAAAGGUUGGGGCUUUGUAUUACAAGGAGGAUCUCCCUGCAAGGCCCAACCCAAUGGCCUCGUUGUACAUCGACAGCGCCGGAAAUGAGGUGCAAAGCUCAAAGUUCGGCAUCGGACCGACCAACCAUCGUGCAUUUUUCGAUUUUGGGAGAGCAGAUCUGGAUAUUGAUCGUGGUCCAUGUAUGUGUUUUGCCUAUCCGACACUUCUAAUUGGUGUGUCUCGCAUGUUAACUAGGAUGGCCAAUUUAGGGGGCACACCCGGAGGUUUCAUGAUAGCAAUCGCAAACAGAGAGAUUGCUUCUGCGAAAGCAGAUCUUAGAUACCCAUUAAUGCCGGAGGGAUUGUUCCGUGGACCUCGACAAUACCAACCUAACACUGCAAAGAAGCUAUCCACACUGAAACAGUACCUCAAGGUGGCUUCUAAUGUUCUCCCGGAGCAUCCAGAAACUCAUUCAUCUGUUCUCUGGCAUGGAGACCUCAAUUUGCAGAAUAUCUUCGUCGCCCCUGACGAGCCCACCCAGAUUCUCGGAAUUAUUGACUGGCAAUCUGUCAGCGCCUGUCCGCUGUUCAUGCAGGCCACGCGUCCAGCCUUUCUAGAAUACAACGGUCCUCUCCCUGAAGAAUUAGGAAAGGUCCAUCUUCCAGCGAACUUUGAUUCCCUCAGUCCAGACGAACAACACAAAGCCAAGGCGUUGCACCAGGCCCAAACAUUGCACAAUCUGUACCUAGCCCGAUCUCGCCAAGCAAAUCCAGAGGUAUUCCAAGCGUUACAGGGUCAGAAUACACUCCGUCAUCAAGUGAGUGUUAUUCCCGGGUUGACGUUGAUGGACUACGAACCGUGCCUCGCUAGCCUCCUCAGAGACGUGGAGAAAGAAUGGACCAACAUCGUUGGCGUGAAAACAGACGGCUCGCCAGUAAUACCGUGGCCCUUGCAAUAUUCAGCUGCCGAGGCGCAGCAACAGGCAACGGAUGCAGACUUGUGGGCUCAGGGUGUGGAACUAAUGAAUGAAUGCAUCCACGACACUGGGUGCUUCAAACAUUGGGACGGUAGGGUUAGUGAAGUCGAUUAUGAGGUCUCCAAAAAGCAACUCGAUGAAGGAGUACAGCGGUUUUUACUUCGCGAGGCUAGGGAUGAAAAUGAACGCAAGGCAUGGCUUAGAGCUCUUCCGUUUGUGGAUUGA